UGCACUGUGUGAUAUAUUGUAAGAUAAAUAAUAAAUUUCUUUUAAUUUUAACAAAAAGAAAAAAAAGAAAGAUAAAUUCGAAGAAUUAAAAUAGAAACAAACUGAUGUAAAGAAAAGUGAACCUCCGCGUCGAGCGGCGUACUGUAUAACCAAUAAAAUCCAGAGAAUAUUUCUUGAGGCCACUAAACAGAGAAAACAAAAAAAUGAAAGGAAAGUAGAAAAAAGAGAAAAAGUUUUGCAGAAGGAAGAAAAAGAAAAAGAAGAGAAAAAAUGGGUCUUCGUCUCCGUCUUCGUCUCCCUCACAAAAGCUCUCCUCGUUCACCUUCCUAUCUCCUUCUCUGUGUUCUUGCUCUAUCCUUCUUCUCCUUCACCGCUCUUCUUUUCUACAAGGUUGACGACUUUAUAGCUCAGACAAAAACUCUGGCCGGACAUAACUUGGAACCAACACCGUGGCAUAUCUUCCCACGCAAAUCUUUCAGCGCAGCUACGAAACAUUCUCAGGCUUACCGAAUCCUCCAGUGCUCCUACUUCUCAUGUCCGUACAAAGCCGUCGUCCAACCAAAGAGUCUCCACUCGGAAUCUGGGUCGGGUCGUCAAACCCAUCAACCACAAUGCCCAGACUUCUUCAGGUGGAUUCACCGGGAUUUAGAGCCGUGGGCAAAGACUGGGGUGACUAAAGAGCACGUGAAGAGGGCAAAAGCGAAUGCUGCGUUUCGAGUGGUGAUACUAUCAGGGAAGUUAUACGUGGAUCUCUAUUACGCAUGUGUGCAGAGCAGAAUGAUGUUCACCAUUUGGGGGAUUCUGCAACUGCUCACCAAGUAUCCAGGGAUGGUUCCUGAUGUCGACAUGAUGUUUGAUUGUAUGGACAAACCCAUCAUCAACCAGACCGAGUACCAGUCCUUUCCUGUUCCGCUUUUUCGAUAUUGCACCAACGAAGCUCAUUUGGACAUUCCUUUUCCGGAUUGGUCGUUUUGGGGAUGGUCGGAGACAAAUCUAAGGCCCUGGGAAGAAGAGUUUGGGGAUAUAAAGCAAGGGUCUAGGAGAAGAAGUUGGUACAACAAGCAACCUAGAGCUUACUGGAAAGGCAAUCCCGAUGUUGUAUCGCCUAUACGACUGGAGCUCAUGAAAUGCAACCAUUCAAGGUUAUGGGGAGCACAGAUUAUGCGCCAGGACUGGGCAGAAGAAGCAAAAGGUGGGUUUGAGCAAUCCAAGCUUUCCAACCAAUGCAAUCACCGGUACAAAAUCUAUGCAGAAGGUUAUGCGUGGUCAGUUUCUCUAAAGUAUAUCUUAUCAUGUGGUUCCAUGACACUCAUAAUAUCACCUGAGUAUGAAGAUUUCUUCAGUAGAGGCCUCCUUCCCAAGGAAAAUUACUGGCCUAUCUCUCCCACUGAUCUAUGUCGGUCCAUCAAAUACGCUGUUGAUUGGGGAAAUUCCAACCCCUCUGAAGCUGAAACAAUUGGAAAAAGAGGACAGGGUUAUAUGGAAAGCCUUAGCAUGAACCGGGUUUAUGACUAUAUGUUUCAUCUCAUCACUGAGUACUCGAAACUUCAGAAGUUCAAGCCAGAGAAGCCGGCUUCCGCUAAUGAAGUCUGUGCAGGAUCAUUGCUCUGCAUUGCAGAACAAAAAGAGCGGGAACUACUCGAAAGAUCCAGAGUCGUACCUUCUCUGGAUCAACCAUGUAAAUUUCCAGUAGAAGAUAGGAAUAGGCUUGAGUGGUUGAUCCAACAGAAGAAUAAAACAAUCGAAAAUGUUAGAUACAUGGAGAUGACAAGAACACAGAGGGGUUCUAAAUGAAUUGUCUUUUUAGGGACAUGAAUUUUUGGUGUAUCCUCUCUCUUUUUUUGACAUACGUGUGUGUUGUUCAUCAGUUGUAGCACGAGAUGAUAAUUGAUUACGACUUGAUUAAUAGAAUAAAGAAAGAAACCGUAAUCUUACAAAUACA